AUGCCGACCGGAUCUGUGGCCGAACCAAGAGCAACCGCGAGUGGCGGUACAACAAUCGUGGGGCCAUCGAAAGCUCGCAGCAAGAGGCACCGAAGACCCAGGGAUCAGAGAGGGAAACCGAUCAUCACACAAUGGGGCCCCCCUGUGCAGUCGCCGGUAUCUUCGGCCCGAAAUGACGGAGUUCCCUCUUCUGAUUCCGAAUGUAGCGAGAACUCUCAGUGCGCGCUUAAUGUUUCUGUAUUUACCCACGAGAGUGGUAAAAACGGGUCUGCGGGAUCAAAAAAGGACGAGACAGCUUGCGCUGGGAUUCAGCAUGAUAUCGCCGACUCGGAGAUCUGGUACAGCAAAAACAAGCAACAUGCUCAAGUGGUUUCCGCUAACGCCCAGACUGGCACUUUCGCGGGCAAGGCUGACGCUGAAAUGCUAAGCACAGGCCACCAGCUUUCCAGCCGUCUUCCACCGACGUCUUAUCUCCGCGGAAUCAAAACCCCUGGCGCGUUGUCACCCCGCCUCUCCCCCGAUUUCAGAUCGCUUCCGUCCUCUCCGUCUGCCUCUUCUACGUAUUCACUGGUUGACGGUUUCGACCUACCUCCAGAAGAAGAACGGCGCUCGCGACAUCGGCCCCCGCUCGCCGAAGAAAAGACUGAUUCCGAUGUUCACGAAACCCACAACACAAGGAAUAGCUCGCCUCGCAAAACGAAUAUAAAGGCUGCGUCCACUGAUGAUAACAGUGGGCCUCUGUUAUCGAUGACAACAAGCGUCGGGAGCUGUGGUAUCUCUGCUGUCCGCAGCGACGACGGUUCAAUGGAUUCAUGCGCAAAAGCUGGUGAAGCUCUCACGAAAAAAUCAAUAGUCUCUGGACGAAGCCGAUCCCCAGUGACCUGUCGUGGCACGCGAACUCUCCUGGAGCGUCAGCUCUCAGCUGCAGCUGCUGCCGUCGCCGCAAUUGGCCUUUGGAAACCAAAAACCAGCGACGAACCCCCCAAACGCCAGGCGACAUCAGCUACAACAGCCAAAGAGUCAUCUGGCCUCGGCGAAGGAGAGGAGGAUGCCGUCUGGCAAUACAGUAGUGGUACGCAGAUAGCACCCUGGGGCGGCCAUUGUCUGAGCACGCGCGAAACUAACCUCUCUCUUAGGCAGGACAGUGGGGCGCCGAAAUUCUCGGCGUCGCCUGAAGACCUGCUACAGCAGAAUAGCUAUGGUGUGCCAGUAUCUUAUGCUCCGGAAGCCCGUUUGCGUGAAAGCAUUAAAGCAAUGCAGCCGCGUUCGCCGGGAUUCCCCAUUUGUAGCAGUCGAUGCACCACAUCUGCGAACGACAUCGCGGAAAAGCUGGUGGACGGUACCAGCCUGGAGGAUCUGCCAGCCACCGAGAAGCUGGGCCAACUAAGCUUUGCUGAAGGGCAAGAAUUACUGGAUCAGAGUGUUAAUUGGCCGACACGGCUGCCAUCCGGAAGCAUCCGCUGUCGAGAAGAGGAAGAGGUUUCUGUACUCGUUGAAGAUCAGUGGCGUCUCCUCGCUGGUUCACAGGGAUGGGAGGAAGUCUUCACCUCCGUUCAGCAAAAGGCAGUACUACGGUACCAGCGUCUUUGGCAUGUCGUGCAGUCUCUGAUACGAUGCAAGCCCGCGACUGCAUCUGAGGCGCCCACGGAGAUGAAGCAGAACGCCAGCAACGUCACUGAGAAUAUUUCUGCGUGGGGCGUGGACCGGGUCGUGCUUUUGUAUGCUAUUCCGGCAUUUAGAAGGGAAGGGGGGAGAAACCAGAAAUGGAAACGGUGCAACGUGCACUGCUAUGUAGACACCUCCCAGUACACCACCGCGUCCUCUUCUAUUGAGGAGGGUAACGGAGACGGCGAUCGCGUAGCUGAUUCCACGGUUCCCAAAGGAAUGUGUAAGACUGCAGCAGAAGGCGAAUGGCAAGUCCAGGAGAUGGUCUACGUCAUGGAAGACCCCUGUAAUGCAGACUCGCUAUUCAUAAGUACCUUCAAAGUUCCUGCUAACAAGCGGCUUAAGUGCUGUUUUUUCACAGACGCAGAUAGCGAUGACGCCGAUUUCCCUGCGCAGUCGCCCGUGGGGUGCGACUGUCAGACUGGGCACGGCAGCCGCUGCAACUCGGUCGAGUGGCCUUCGAGCGAGCUGCUCGCGGAACCCUACUCGCGUUUCCAUGACCGUCGCUGCUAUGCCUUCCCGCCUGGAGCGCUUGUGACAACGAUACGUGAUGGUGAAGUAGCUGACGGAGAUAAAAUCACCGCAAUGGGCAUCACUCUGCGGCUUGACCACGAGCUCCGGCAGAAUGAGGAAUGGGCGGGAGCAUCGUUAUUAUAUAUGGUGGAACACGCGGGCAGCUGGGUGGAGAAGUGCUUCAGCGAGCUCGACGGCAGCGUGACUUUGACCGAGCAGAGAAGCGUUACAUUCGUUGUCAAGAGCAGAAACGGCCACAACUAUCUGCACGCGAACGGGGGUGGCAACAUGCGCGUUGCCUUCCCGGGAGCUUACAUCAUCUGUCCGAAUGGGCGCGUCGUGGAAUGCGCCCUAACUGCUAGCGCUCACACGCCGACGCACCAGCAGCACGAGGUGCUGGUCACGCAGCUGAUGAAGCACCUUGAAGUUAACGGUUUCAUGCCGUCCGCCGCUCGGACGAGAGGGCCAUUUCCCACCUCACCCAGCGAACGCAUCCACGGAGAGACACUGAAUGCGAACGAAACACAGCAAUGGCGUCUUAUAGAUCGACCGCAAAUGUUUAGCAUUCACACGCCUCCUGGAAGCGAGUUCGAGGCGUAG